UUUUGAGGAUGCCGUACAACAAGAUGUCAAGUUACGGCAGAUUAUCCAACAGCUCCUGAUUGACCCAAACAGCCACCCUCGUUUCAGACUGGUGGGACCCCAUUUGAUGUAUCACAACAGAUUGGUUUUACCAAAAUCAGGGCCUCACAUUGAUCAGAUACUGCAGGAAUUCCAUACUUUACCAAUUAGAGGUCAUUCUGGUUUUUUUAAGACAUACAAGCGAAUUUCAAUUGUGGUGUUUUGGGACGGAAUGAAGAAUGACAUCAAGGCAUUUGUAGCGGCUUGCAGCAUAUGCCAACAGAAUAAGUACGAUGCUCUGAGUCCAGCAGGGUUACUCCAACCUUUACCUAUUCCUCACCAGGUUUGGGAUGAUAUUUCAAUUGAUUUCAUUAUUGGAUUGCCCAAAGCACAUGGAGUUGAUACUAUUCUAGUUGUUGUUGACCGGCUCACCAAGUAUAGCCACUUUCUCACUCUUAAACACCCAUAUACAGCCAAGACAGUAGCAGACCUGUUUGUACAAGAGGUGAUCAGGUUGCAUGGAUUUCCAAGAACCAUUGUAUCCGAUCGAGAUAGGGUUUUCAUGAGUAAUUUUUGGGCUGAGUUAUUUAAGCAGUCUGGAACCCAACUGAACAUGAGUUCAGCUUACCAUCCGCAAACGGAUGGUCAAACCGAAGUAGUCAACCUUUGCUUAGAGACUUACCUCCGGUGUUUUGUCAAUAGUCAUCCCCAGCAGUGGCCCAAAUGGGUGCCAUGGGCAGAAUUUUGGUUCAAUACCACAUAUCAUAGUUCCACAGGAAUGUGCCCCUUUAAAGCUCUCUAUGGUCGUGAACCUCCAACCGUAUUACGUUAUGCUGAUCAUACUUCUCCAGUUGAUGAGGUUGACCAACAACUUCAGCACCGAAAUCACAUCAUCGAAGAAUUACGGGCAAAUCUUCUCAAGGCUCAAGGGCGCAUGAAGAUGUAUGCUGAUCGACAUCGCCGAGAGGUCACAUUUGAGAUAGGGGAAUCAGUUUACUUGAAGUUACAACCAUAUCGGUUACGAUCCUUAGCCCGUCGCUAUAAUGAGAAGUUGAGCCCGCGGUUUUAUGGUCCUUUUGUCAUCACAGACAAGAUUGGAGCUGUGGCAUACAAGUUAGCAUUACCUUCUUCAGCCCGCAUUCAUAAUGUAUUCCAUGUUUCGCAGUUGAAGAAAGCAACAUUCCAAGUUCCCAACAGCCAGCCUCUCCCGGCAGCUCUUAAUGAGGAUUUAACUUUACAACUUGAGCCAGAAGCAGUCCUCAAGAAAAGGAAACUUCUGAAUGGCCAGUGGGAAGUGCUGAUUCAAUGGAAGGGAUUACCUUCCUAUGAAAACACAUGGGAAGAUUUUGACAUUAUUCACCUUCAGUUUCCUACAUUUCACCUUGAGGACAAGGGAAUAUCUGUGGAACAGGUGGCAGGAUAUGAGGGGAUGGGGGAGAAUUCAGAAAGGUCUGUUAGCUUUAUUGAUAAGGCUUUUUGUCCAGAUUGCAGGUCAGGUCCUAUCAGAGACCCAUCUACUGCUAAAUCACAGUUUCUUAAGUUUGUCGAGAAGACAGCUCCUACAGCUGUUUCUACUUCUGGGAAAGGUUCAUCAGCUUCUGGUCUUACAGCUUCAGUGAUCCGAGAUAGCAGUUCUCGUGAAUUUUAUCUUGAAGUAGGAGCCAUGGUUUUGGCAGAUGGUGGUGUUGUUUGCAUUGAUGAAUUUAAAAAAAUGAGAUCAGAGGAUAGGGUUGCUAUUCAUGAAGCCAUGGAGCAGCAGACAAUAUCCAUUGCCAAAGCAGGAAUAACAACUGUUCUCAAUUCAAGAACCUCAGUUCUUGCUGCUGCUAACCCUCCAUCAGGACGUUGUGAUGAUCUUAAGACAGCCCAGGAUAAUAUUGAUUUGCAGACAACCAUUCUUUCUAGAUUUGAUUUAAUUUUUAUUGUUAAAGAUGUCAGGAUGUACAGUCAGGACAAGCUUAUUGCUAGCCAUAUCAUGAAAGUUCAUGUAUCUGCAGAUGCUGUCUCAGGUGACAGCAAAGCUUCUAAAGAAGAGAAUUGGCUGAAGAGGUAUAUACAAUAUUGUAGAGUUGAAUGCCACCCCCGUUUAUCAGAAUCUGCAGCAGCAAAGCUUCAGGAUCAGUAUGUCCAAAUAAGAAAGGACAUGAGACGGCAGGCAAAUGAAACUGGUGAGGCUGCUGCUAUACCCAUUACUGUAAGGCAGCUUGAAGCUAUUGUAAGGUUAAGCGAGGACUUGCUAAAAUGAAACUGUAAGUACUGGCUUUAAACUUGAGAUGUUAAUGAAGCAGUUAGACUUUUUACUGUUUCCACAAUGGACGCAGCACAGUCUGGAAUACAUCAACAAGUGAAUCUUACUGGUGAGAUGGCUAAUGAAAUAAAGCAAGCUGAAACCCAGAUAAAGAGAAGACUAGGCAUUGGAAACCAAAUAUCACAGAGAAGAUCGAUCGAUGAUCUCACCAGAAUGGGCAUGAAUGAAUCAAUAGUAAGAAGAGCUCUUAUAAUUAUGCACCAGAGAGAUGAAGUUGAAUACAAACGAGAAGGGCGGGUUGUUUUCAGGAAAGUUUAAUCAAUCCUCUGUAAAAUUCCUCAAAUUGUAUGUUAUCAGUUUACGAUUAAUAGUUUCUCAGUCCCUUUGGACAAUGUUUUUAAGAAAGUCAGAAAAAUGGUCCCUAAACUUAACGGACGUUAGAGUAAAAUGACCAAGGA